CGCGCGCCUGCGCCCUGGGCAGCUGCCCCCGGUGAGCCUGGGAGAGCCGUGGGCGCUGAGGCGGCAUGGCCCUAGCUAGGAUGCCCAUGGUUGAAGGUGACUAAGGGUUACUCAAAGGUAGAUGGACUUUCAUGGUUCUUCACCAUUCUUGUAGGUGGCUCUGUCCGGAGGACAACACAAAGAAAGAAUUUGGAAUCUGCCACUUCGGGACCCAGAUAAAUUGUACAGUGCUGGAAGGUGGCGAUGGCUGUGGCCCUGGGUUGUGCAAUCCAGGCCUCCUUGAAUCAGGGCUCAGUGUUUCAAGAGUAUGAUACCGACUGUGAGGUCUUCCGCCAGCGCUUCCGGCAGUUCCAGUACAAAGAAGCAGCUGGGCCUCAUGAAGCUUUCAACAAACUCUGGGAGCUCUGCUGUCAAUGGCUGAAGCCAAAGAUGCGUUCUAAGGAGCAGAUCUUGGAGCUGCUGGUGUUGGAGCAAUUCCUAACGAUUCUGCCCACAGAGAUAGAAACCUGGGUGAGGGAACAUUGCCCGGAGAACAGAGAAAGAGUUGUGUCACUGAUAGAAGACUUACAGAGAGAACUUGAGAUACCAGAGCAGCAGCUCGAUAGGCAGGAAAUGCUCUUGGAAGAACUGGCACCAGUGGGAAUGGCACACAUACCGCCAAACAUCCACCUGGAGUCACCCCCACUCCAAGUAAUGGGACCUGCCCCGGAGGUCCCUGUGGCAGAGGCGUGGAUCCCACAGGCAGGGCCGCAGGAGCUGAGCUUCGGUGCUGCUGGGGAAGGCCAGCCCUUUCUGGACCCUGGAUAUCCAAUACCAAAACUCGACGUGAGCUUUCCAUUGGAGCAUAGAGAAGAGGCAUGGGUGAAGGAACUACAAGAUUCCAAAGAAAUUAAGCAAUUACUCGAUUCCAAGUUAGGUUUUGAGAUUGGGAUAGAAAAUGAAGAAGCUACUUCCGAGAAACAGAAAAAAAUGGAGAAUAUGUAUCCAUUUAUUGUUACUUUAGAGGGCAAUGCUCUUCAUGGCCCCAUUUUGCAAAAAGACUAUGUGCAGUUAGAAAAUCAAUGGGAAACCCCCCCAGAGGAUUUACAGAGAGAUUUAACAAAACUUGUAGAGCAUCAGAACCCCUCAGCAGGAGAGAAACCUGAGAGCUCCAACUUGGAAGAACCCCUCAACCCUAGACCCCAUAAGAAAAAGAGUCCAGGAGACAAACCUCACCGAUGUCCUCAGUGUGGGAAAUGUUUUGCUCGGAAGUCACAGCUUACAGGGCACCAGAGAAUUCACUCAGGAGAGGAACCUCAUAAGUGCCCUGAAUGUGGAAAAAGAUUCCUUCGUAGUUCAGACCUUUACAGACACCAACGACUUCAUACGGGGGAGAGACCCUAUGAAUGCACGGUGUGUAAAAAGCGAUUCACUCGGCGGUCACACCUUAUAGGGCACCAGAGAACCCAUUCUGAAGAAGAAACAUAUAAAUGCCUUGAGUGUGGGAAAAGCUUUUGUCAUGGAUCAAGUCUUAAAAGACAUCUGAAAACUCAUUCAGGUGAGAAACCUCAUAGAUGUCAUAAUUGUGGGAAAAGUUUUAGUAGGCUGACAGCUCUUACUUUGCACCAGAGAACUCACACUGAAGAGAGACCAUUUAAAUGUAAUUACUGUGGGAAAAGCUUCAGACAGAGACCAAGCCUUGUUAUUCAUUUAAGAAUUCAUACAGGGGAGAAGCCAUACAAGUGUAGUCAUUGUUCUAAAAGCUUCAGACAGAGAGCAGGCCUUAUUAUGCACCAAGUCACUCACUUUAGAGGUCUUCUUUAAGGAUUGUUAAAGGAAACAAGUCCUACAGGGAUUGACAGUGACUCAAAAAACAAAAUCUUAAACCUACAGCAUCCUGUUGGUCUUGGAAGAAUUUUUUUGUUUGAGCUUAUAAGAACAGUGUUUUUUUUUCUACUUUAAAAACCCAUCUUCCAAGUCAUAUGAAUUCUAGAGUAUCUAUCUACUCUUGCAGUUUUCCUAGAUUUGACUUAUUCUGUCUCUACAAGUCUUAUUUUUUUAUUACAUUGAAAAAUUUUGUGAACCAAGCCAACCGUAUCAUAGCUGUACGCAUAAAAAUAAUGGCAAUCCUUUUCAGGGUAGGGUCAACAUAAUGGAUAAUCAUGUUUGUCUGACAUAUCUAUUAUAGCAGCACCAUAAUUAUUCUGCUGUCAUUAUUAAAGGUGAUUAUAUUAGUUUAAAGCUUUAUAUGUGUCCCAAGCGGCAAGAAAGGAGACAGUGUAUUUUAUGAAAUAAUGAA